ACCCAACUUGAAAUCUAGAAGCCGAACAACAGAGAUGUCUCUGCUGGAGCUUUUCUUCCUUCUGGCAGACUAACCCAGAAGACUGAUAUCCACUCGAGAAACCAGUUAUUCUUUAAACGCUUGUACUCUUGAGAAAAUUGUAGUGUAAGAUUAGAAGAAUUCUGAGUACCCAGAAAAGGACUUGAAUGAGAAAAACGGUGGGUAUGAAGUUUUUUGCCAAUGCAAUAUCUCUGUACAGAAAUUAUUGCAGCAAUAGUUUUAGCAAUAGCAUUGUUCAAAAGUCUUACGAGAGUGGAAAUAAGGUCAAUAAGAAUAAACCCAAAGUCCAUAAAGCCAAAAUUAAAUUGACUGAUGAACAGAAUAAGGUGUUAGAUCAUGUUUGUGGUGGCCUUUCCAUGUUUAUUACUGGCUCUGCGGGGACUGGGAAAACAGUUUUGCUAAAGCAUAUAAUCAAAAUAUUGAAAAAGACUUAUGGACAGUCCGGGGUUUUUGUGACUGCAUCCACUGGGAUUGCGGCUUGCGCUCUUGGUGGACAGACACUUCACUCGUUUGCUGGUAUAAGAAUUGGUGAUGGUAAUCGUGGAAUGUUGCUAGAUUUGGUUUUAAAUGAUAGGGAGGCUUGUAGAAGGUGGAAUAAGGCACAAGUGUUGGUUAUUGAUGAAAUUAGCUUGGUAGAUGCGGAUUUGUUUGACAAACUUGAAUAUAUAGCAAAAACUGUUCGUGAAUCUGAUAAGGUGUGGGGUGGAAUUAGGCUUGUUGUGAGUGGGGACUUUUUUCAGUUACCCCCAGUUUUUAAACAACAUGAUCCAGCACGCAAAGAGUUUGCCUUUGAAGCUGAUUGUUGGGAUGCAAGCUUUGAUAAACAGGUUGAACUUACCAAGAUUUUUAGGCAAUCAGAAAAUAGGUUGAUUAAAUUACUUCAGGGUAUUAGGAGAGGCAACAGUGAUCCUGAAGACUUGCAGUUUCUAAAACAAUCAUGCUCGGCCUCUGAGCCUCAUCCUUCAGCGGUACGGCUCUAUCCAAGGAUUGAUGAUGUGAACAAAGUAAAUGAGGAGAAAAUGAAAGCCUUAUCUGAGGAAAAGGUUAUCUAUGAGGCUAUUGAUCGAGGUAAAAAGCCUUGGAAGAGGCAGCUUGCUCUGGGGCUAGCUCCUGACAAACUUGUACUGUGCAAAGGCGCAAGGGUAAUGCUGAUAAAGAACUUGAAUGUUUUGCAUCGACUUGUGAACGGUGCAACUGGUAUUGUCACUGGAUUUACAAAGGCACAGGGUGGCACGGUCCUAAGUCCUGAUAAUCUCUUGCCAGUUGUCAAAUUUGAUUCAGGCCCAGAAAUGGUUAUUGAACCAGAAAAGUGGUAUGUAAUGGUAGGAUCAAGGCCUGUUGCUUGGAGACUGCAAUUACCUCUUGUCUUGGCAUGGGCUCUAAGUGUUCAUAAGUGUCAAGGAAUGAGUCUUGACCGUAUUCAUACUGAUCUCUCUAGAGCUUUUGGGUAUGGUAUGGUUUACGUUGCACUUUCCCGUGUAAGAAGCUUAGAUGGCCUUCAUUUAUCUGGCUUCAGUCCCUCGAAGAUCAAGGCUCACCCAAAGGUUUUGGAGUUCUAUAGUCAUCUUGCAUGAAGUAAUGGCAGUAAUACCUUGCUCUCAGUUAGAUAGAACAAGCAGCGAAAAACCCAUGACAUGGCUUUUCUCUUGAAGAGUUUCCUAUUCUCACAUGAAUUAUCCCAGUGAUGGAAGUUGUGAGAAACUUUUGAAAUUCAUAGGUACUAAAAUCCCCUUUAUAU